UUAGGUCACACUUGUAAAGAUGUUGCCUGCACGCUUAUAUUCUUCCUGUCGUUUAUUUUCCACAAAUUUAACAAAUAACGCUGUGAGCAAAAAUGCCGUUGGUGGAAUUAGCCUGGUAGACAGAGUUGCCGUUACCAAGAAUGGAAAAACAAUUGUAGCCUGGCAUCCAGACACUCCAUUUCCCUACGAGCACACAAAACCCCUGCCACAGUUCGUCGAAAAGCAAAGUUCUGAUGUUAUAAAGGAAACUGCAUUGCAGACAGCAAUGACUGCUUUUAAGAAUAAGUUCCCGGAGGUUGCACGUCAAGAACUUAUGAAGUUAACACACACUACAAAGCACCGUUGGUUCCCCCGGGCGCGCGACAGGAAGGCUAAAAAGACGCCUAUGGACCGGCCUUACUUGUAAACACUACAUUACAUAAGCACUUUGUAAAUGGAAUAAAAUUAUAAUAU